AUGGCUUCUGAAUCAACCAGGAUUUCAAUCAAGCUUUUAAUUGACCAGGAAAGAAACAAGGUAAUUCUAGUUGAAGCUGGUAAUGAUUUUGUCGAUACCCUUGGUGAUAUCCUUAUUUGCGGAAAGUUGAUGAACAGGGAUGUUCCUGGAAGGGAAAUGGAUGUAGUAAAAGAUGAAACUAAGGGAGAGUCCAUGUUUUUCACCACUGAUGGUUUAGUAGUGAUGAAAGGUUUGCCAGGUAAUCUCAUUCAAUUCCUUCAUAAGCUGGGAAUCAAGAAUUUUCAUCAGAUCAAAGAAGAAGUUCUGGAAAUUGAUUCAUAUGAGAUGUCUAAUCUUUUGAGCUAUUCACUGGUCUCAAAGACUACUUUGACUGAUGCUUUACUGAGAAAACAACGAAUUCUCAGUGGUGAAAAGUCCUUGCUCGUAGCUCCAAAUAUGGAGGAGACAGUUGAAAUUGAUGUCAAAACAAGGGUGAAAAUAAUACUGAGGAAGUCUGAUAGGAAAAUAUUAUUCGCUGAAACAAGUGAAGAUUUUGUGGACCUCUUAUUUAGCUUCCUCACCAUACCUUUUGAUUCUGAAUUAAAUAUCCCACUUGUUGACGUUGAACAGCAAGUUAUCAGCAUUGGGCAGGUUGAAGCACUUGCUCUAUUGAAGGCCUGUUUGUGUUCAUCCUCACCUUUAUCAGCUUUAAAGAACUAUAUUGUCAAGAAACGAAAGCGUGAGCCAUUACAGUGA